AUGGGGACUGAUCUGCGGGCCUAUCAGGCAUCACUGCGCAAAGCGGUAAGCCUGUCGGGAAUCGGGGUGCAUACGGGCGCGGAAGUGUCGAUCACGCUGCAUCCGGCCGAGCCCAAUACCGGCGUCGUCUUCCGGCGCAUUCUCGAUGACGGCUCAAAGGUCGAUCUUCCCGCAGUGGUUUCGCAGGUCGGCGCCACCGAUCUGUGCACCAUGCUCGGCGACCCCGCCGGCGUCCACGUUUCCACCAUCGAACACAUCAUGGCCGCCUUCUCGGCGCUGGGGCUCGACAAUGUGAUCGUCGAGAUCGACGCGUCGGAGGUGCCGAUCAUGGACGGCAGCGCGCGUAUCUUCAUUGCCGCGAUCGAGGAAGCGGGCAUCGAGCACCAUCUGGUCAAGCGCCGCUAUAUCCGCGUCAAGAAGACCGUGCGUGUCGAGCAUGGCGGUUCCUGGGCCGAGUUCCGCCCGCAUGAGGGCACGCGCUACGAGAUCGUCAUCGAUUUCGAAAGCAAGGCGAUCGGGCGGCAGGAAUUCCGCGACGAGAUCGACGGUGACGUUUUCUGCGCCGAGCUGGCCGAUGCGCGCACCUUCGGCUUCAUGAAGGACGUCGAGCGGCUCUGGGCCUCGGGCCAUGCGCUCGGAUCGUCGCUGGGCAAUUCUGUCGUCAUCGGCGAUGAUCAUACGAUCGUCAAUUGCGAAGGCCUGCGCUAUGCCGACGAGUUCGUGCGGCACAAGACGCUCGAUGCGGUCGGCGAUCUGGCGCUCGCCGGCGCCAAUUUCAUCGGCUGUUUUUCGUCCUAUCGCGGCGGCCACCGGCUGAACGCGAUCGCGCUGCGCGCGCUGCUGGCCGAUCCGGCCGCUUACGAGAUCGUCGAAACCCCGGUGCCGCACGCCAUCGUCUAUGCCGGCGAUCUGGUCGCCGUGACCGGCCAGGUCUACGCGCCUUGGGCGGUUUGA